UGUAAACACRCCGAUGUCCGAUACACGUCAUCCGCUUGGAAGUGGAAAGAUAGUUGUAGUUUUGAGUUUGUUUUAUUCAGACUAUAUUCAGUUUUCAUUAGUUUUCAAUGUGUUGUGUGUUGCUUCAAGUCUCAAGUGUCGCUUCGUUGUUAUCAUAAACGACAUAAAGCGUUCCGCAACCUUAUCUAUAAUAGUUUCUUUCAUAAUUUAAAUUUAGACCAUAAUAUUGGCAYAGAAUAGAUUAAAUUUAAUCUAUCCUGUGAUAUUGGUAAGAUGAGUAACAGUUAACUUAUUCAAACUACGGACAUCCAAUCAAUAUAAAAGGAUUUAAACAGAUUCGACUAUGUCAAAAGAUAAUGUGGUGGAUCAUCUGUGCAAAAAAAAGAAGAAUUUUAGAAAUGAAGUUGAACAUUUUGAUAUUUCACAUUCUUCUGAAAAUUUAAAUAGUAUUGAUAAAUUAAAUUUGUCUAAUACUCAUAAUUUUAAAACAUCUUCCAAUUCUUCCAUGUUAACCAGUACAAAUGAUACUUCUGACAAAGAAAUAAUUGGAAUUGAUGUUGUACAUAAUUCAAGUCAACUAAAACUAAAUGAAAAAGAUUGUAGAUUUGUAAUAGAGAAAAUAGGGUCAAAUGAAACUAUUUUAAAUAGUCAAGAUGAAAAAUUGUUACAUACAUUAAUAGAAAAAAUGAAUGAUUAUACUUCUAGUACAGAUUCAGAAUUAUUAGAUUUAAAUACUCAAAAAUUUAUGGAAUUAAAUUUAAAAAGAGCUUUACAACUACUUAGUGAAUUUUCACAAAAAUUAGAUUUAAAUAGUUCUAAAACACAUUCUAUUAAACAAGUAGAUUCAGACAAUUCAUCUGCAAAUUCGCCUAUACUUUUAAUCAGUGAUUUAAGAAAUGUAGAAUUAAAAAACAAGAAUUCAAUCAUUAAUGAUCAACAUAAAUUAAAUAAUUUAUCUCCUAAAAUUGAUCUUAAAUUGUCCAGUCAAGAUCAAUAUGUUGAAUGUCCAGGUGAAGACCAAGACACUGAAAUAACUUCAUUUCGAGAUAUGUGUGAGAUGUUCUCAAAAAUUGGAGAAGUUGAUAACAAUAAAAUUAUGAAAAAAAAUAAUCAAUCGAAUAACAAUGUUUUUAAACCAGUGAAUCAUAAUGUAAUAAGUUGCUCCAACAGUACACCAUCUGUACUAAAUACAUUUCAAUUAAAUUCUUUUAAAGGUGCUAAUGAUAUUUCAAAACGUUUAGCACUUAAAAGACAUCAAACCAAAGAUUUAAGAUUUGAUUCAUCUGAUGAUAGUUCAUCUGAAUAUUUAAAUGAUCUAUCUUCAAAACAAUAUAAUUCCAAGAGCAAAAGUAAUAAAAUAACAUUUCCAGAGGAUAAUUUAAAAAUUGAUUCUAAGCGUUACUCAGAUACAAUUGUUGAUCGACCUAAGUGUGUAAAAAAAAUUAAACUAUCUGAUUCAUCUGGAGAUAGAGAGGUUGAUUAUAUGUUAAUUGAAAAUAAAUUAUUAAAAGAAAAUCAUACAAUAUUUUAUUUUUCAUCUACUGGAAAAGUGCAUUUUGAUAUGUUAAAUUCUAUCAAAAAAAAAAAGUCAUUCUAUAUUAAUAACUAAUAACAAUAAAUGUUUAAUUUAAAUUUUUUU